UUCACGUCACACCGCCAGCAUGUCCACCACGCCCACCAUGCCGAGCACCGAAGACGUCUACUCCAAUGAUCAGGACUGGUAUCCAGGCAUCCGUCAGCGCUCAAAACCAGGCAAAGCUCCCCACGAAGCAAUAUACGAUAAGACACAGGACAUCAAUGGUACCCUCGUUACGGAUAAGCCUGCGAAUCGAGCAAUGCUAGCCAAUCAACGACGGCAGAAAGAACAUGAUGCGAAAGUUCAAGCAAAGCGGGAAAGACGAGCUGCUCAAAUGGGCCAACAGUCAAAGUCAAGUCUCUGGACCUUCCUACCCAUUCUGCUCUUCCUCCCUCUCCUGUCUUCAUUCCUUACUCAAUCGUACACCUUUAAUCUGUCUCCGUACGUCCUCCCUCACCUACGGAAUUUUUGGGCCGAAACGCCUCUUAAUAUAUGGCGACGGGAGAUGAAGGAGUUCACCCCUCUUCAACUAGCCAUGUUCGAUGGCUCUCCUGAUAGGCCAGUCUAUUUGGCGAUCGAUGGCAUUGUCUACGAUGUGUCUGCCAAUAGGAGGAUCUAUGGGAAGGGCGGCAGCUACAAUAUGAUGGCCGGUCGUGAUGCCUCGAGAGCAUUCAUCACAGGGUGUUUUGAAACCCAUCUUACUCAUGACAUUCGAGGCUUGUCCAAAGAAGAAUUAGCCUCCCUUGAACACUGGAAAUCGUUCUUCGCCAAGAGUGACAAGUACUUUAAAGUCGGCACCGUUCUCAACCCACCUAUCGAUACCGAAAGCCCUAUACCGCCAUCCUGCCGCGAGGACGAAUCAGCAUCGGGUGCGGACAUCCAUGCCCCUGGAGAGGCAGCAGCGAAGAAAGGCAAGAUUAAGCCUGGACCGGUGCACGGGCAAUAGACCAUAGUGGAUUCUAAACAUGUACUGUACAUAGCAUCUGUUUUACUGGUAUCAUUGGUAAAGAAUCAACCCCUUCUUCCAGGUGGAGGAGGUGGGAGAGAGAAGAGCCCACCGCCGCCACCGCCACCAGAACUUGGGGUUUGACUGGGUGAAGGCUUCUUCCCUUCUCUACCUGGAAUCUUGAUGGUGAACGUUUGCCCAUCCUUGAGAGAGUAGUCCUUAGGGGGAGCGGUUGGCUGUGGAGGUUCGGAUGGAUUUGAAGCGGAAGAGAUAUUUUGGGAGCGUUUUGUGACUGAUUGCAAUGCUACCUAUA